UCGGGGGGAGCCCACUCUCAGCACGCUGGCAGGUGACACGACUGAAGGAUGGGGACAUCCAGGCUGACCUGGAAAAGCUUGGGAAGCGGGACAACAAGAACUUGACCAAGUUCACCAAGGCCAAGUGGAGGGGGCUGCACCUGGGCUGGGGCAAUCCCAGGCAUCAGCACAGACUGGGAGGAAGGCUGAGAGCAGCCCUGCAGAGAAUGACUUUGGGGGCUUUGCUGGAGGAAACGCUGGACAGGAGCCAGCAGUGAGCGCUGGCAGCACUGAAGGCAGAGUGCAUCCCUGGUGUGCAUCAGAGGAGGGGUGGCCAGGGGGGUGAGGGAGGGGAUGGUCCUCCUCUACUCUGGGGGUUGGGGUGAGGUCAUCUUUAGGGUCCCGUCCAACCCAAGCCAUUCCGUGCCCCCGUGAUUCCAUAAGAUGGCGGCAGUUCCAUUGUUCCUGUCACAGCUCCACCGUGUCCAGGGACACGGGUGACAGGGCUCCAGAGCUGCUGAGGGCAGGAAUGUUCCAGAGCGGGUGUCACAGAGGCCAGGCUGUCCCAGGGCACGGGGGUGGCUCCCAGCACAUCCCUGGCUGUGCUGGGUGAGUUCUGCCGGGGCAGAGCCGCCCCAGAGCGAUGGGGCCGAGCCUGCUGGGAGCCACCGUCCUCCUCUGCCUGGUGGGUGCCCUGCAGGCCUUUGCCAUCGAGAAGAAAGGGGACGUGUUCAAGAAGACGGCGUGCCCCGCCUUCCUGACCUUCGAGAACGUCGCCUACUUGGCGGACAUGACCUUCGAGCUGCCCUGCAAGUGCAAGCCCGAGGAGGUCUCCUCCGUCGUCUGGUACUUCCAGAAGAACCUGCGCGGCCACGAGACCGCGGUGCUGACGGACUUCAACGGCACCGUGGUGCUGGACUCGAGCCACGUGCGCGCGGGCAGCGACCUCCUGAAGCGCUUCAGCAUCCGCAUGUUCAGCCUCAUCGUGUUCCGGGCGCAGGGCAGGGACUCGGGGCACUACCUGUGCGGCUCCAAGGAAGGGCACUUCUUCUACGGCUACGACGUGGACGUGCAGCCCACGGAGCGCAUCGCUGUGGCCUUCCUGGACGGCGGCCAGCACGUGCGGGACGACUACGCGGCCGAGCAGUUCAGCCUCUUCACCACCUUCUGGGACUGGAGCGGCUGCGACCGCUGCGGGGUGCGGGGGGAGCAGCGGCGCGUGGGGCUGUGCUACGUGCAGAGCGCCCAGCUCAGCCCCCGCUACCGCACCUCGCUGCCCAACGUCACGUCCUGCGGCUCCCGGGCCGUGCCCGCGGGCUUUCCGCCCCUCCUGCACCUCCGCAGCCCCGAGGUGGCCGUGAGGAGCUGCCUGGCGCCCUGCCCGCCCAGGGAGGAGCCCGAGGAGGGCGUCCAGUCCAUCUCCAACAUCGUCUACAAGUUCGGGGAGAAGCCCGACGUGCCCCGCGUGCCCAUCCAGUACCACAGCCAGCCCUCCCGCACGGACCUGGUGAUCGCGUGCCCGGGGGCCCGCCCGGAGCACACCGUGGGCUGGGACAAGGACUCGCUCCGGCUCUACCGCUCCCAGUACCUCGUGGGGGUCGGGAAGGGCAUGAGGGUCUUCAUCGACCACGGGAACCACCUGCACAUCCUGCGGGUGCGCAGGAGAGACAGGGGCACCUACUUCUGCUGGAGGGACGGCCAGAUGGUGGCGGGGUUCCGCCUCAGCGUCACCUUCCCGGUCCAGCGGCGGCGCGGCCCCGCCGACCCCGAGUCCAUCUUCGUCAUGAGGGCCGUGGGCAUCGGCUUCGGGGUCAUCGCCGGCAUCUUCUUCCUCGCCCACCUGGGCCGCUGCUGCUGGUGGGCGCUCAGGAAACCGGCCAAGCUGUAGCGUCUCCCCUCCAGGGCGCUCUUGGAAGUC